AUGCCACCGUUCAACAAGCGCGAGCGGACCAGUGAUGCCUUCCAGCAGCGGAACAAGCGGUGGAAAGGACCGGGAGGUGGGGACGAGGUUGUGACUGACCCAGCGAUGCAGGAGAAGGCGUUGAAGGCGUACAUGCACCACGCCGUCAAGGUCCUUCACAAGGCCGUCAAGAAGAGCAAGACGUUCGAGCUUCAGAAGCUCACGAGGAAGCUCAAAUCGACUCGCGAGCCGAAGGAAGGUGCCGUCGACUCUGCUCUCCUCGCGGACCUCGAAGCCCAGCUUGCUGCGCUUAAAAAAGUCGACCUGAACUCGAUCCCCGUCCACAUUCUCGCCUCUCGUCUCCCCAAGAUCCACUCUCUCCGCUCCGCUCCCUUCUACCCCUCCGUCACAGCCGCCAUCCCUCCCUCUCCCUCGAAAUGGGUUGACCUUGACGCCCAAUCGGCCGAAGGAAAGGCCCGCAACCGCGUCAUGGCGAACAAGGCGAUUGCGGAAAGCUGGGACGAGGUCGUCCGGGCCGUGCGGAAACGCUUGGGCGAAGAGGUCGAGGCACCGGGCAAAGAUGUCAAGGGCAAGGCGAAGGCGAAGGAGCAGGACGAGCAGGGCGGGUUCUUCGAGGAGGAGGAGAAGCGGGAGGCACCCAAGUCGAAGGGGAUCACGAUGGACCCGGGACGGCUGGCGGCCAUCGAAGCUGCCUCAAUGGAGAACUCGGCGGACGAGGCGGAGGAAGCAGAAGCAGCGGAGCAGGCCGAGGGGGCAGGAGAGGACGUCAGCGAAGUCAGCCCGGACAAGCUCGCGGCGCUCGAAGCUGCUUUCCUGCAGGGUCGUGGCGAUGACGAUGACGGGGAGAUGAGCGAGGACGAUGGACCUGUCUUGGGCAUUUCGGAGGAUGAGGGCGAACCUGCGCAGCAGGAAGCGGAGGAGGAAGUCGAGGACGAGGAGGAAGGAAGUGACGAUGAGGAUGAGGUGGACGAGGAUGAGGCCAUUCGGCGUGAGUUGGCGGCGCUGGAGGACGGCGAGGGCAGCGAGGGAGCAUGGUCCGACUCGGCUGAGGAGGAGGACGCAGACGACGACGGCGCAUCGGUCGCGUCCGACUCGUCUUUCCCUACCAAGUCCGCCAAGCGCCGCCAACCAUCUCUCUCGCCUACUCCUCCGCCUCGCCCCGCCAAGAAGGCAAAAGCCUCAAAGCCUCUCACCUCGUCAGCCUUCCUUCCCACCCUCGCGAGCGGCUACAUCGGCUACGACUCGGACGACGAGGACGCGAAGUGGCUCAAGCAGGCGGAGAAGGAAGACGCGAAGGACCGGGCUAGGAAGAACCGUCCUGGUCAGCGGGCGAGGCGAGCGAUGUGGGAGAAGGAGUACGGCGAGAAGGCGAACCAUAUCGUCGUUGCGAACGGCGGCAAGCCUUUGUCGGCGAAGGAGAUGAAGGCCCUGCAGGAGAAGGAGGCUGCGCGGCGUAAGGACGGACGCGACGGGCGUCCUCGGCAGCAACAGGACCGGCAGCAAGGGUUCAAGCGCGACGCAAACGCUCAGCGACCACAGGGUGGUCGCCCUCCGCGUCCCGAUCGCCCUCAACAGCAGCAGCGAGACCGCCCAGCUCGCGACGCCCAGCCUCGAGCGCAGGACCAGGGAUGGCAGACGGCGCCAAAGAAGGCGGAUGCACCCGCGGAGAAGAUGCAUCCGUCGUGGGAGGCGAAGCGGAAGGCGGCUGAGGCGCUCAAGCUCAGUGCAGUGAGCAAGCCUGCGGGCAAGAAGAUCGUCUUUGACUAG